AGCGUUACUGAACAGUGCAUCUGAAGAGCGGUCAAGACUCAAGUCAAUCGACUACAAGCAAUAGAUAUUUCUCGAAUUUCUGCUAUUUCGUUAUUAUUACUACAUUUAAGUUAAUUUACAAAGAUAAAACUUUAUCGUUUAAUUAAAAAUGUCCCACACAAUUUUGUUGGUGCAGCCGGGUCCGAAGCCUGAAACGAGGACGUACUCGGACUACGAAAGUGUUAAUGAUUGUAUGGAGGGAGUUUGUAAGAUAUAUGAAGAGCAUUUGAAAAGGCGGAAUCCUACAACUCCUACGAUAACAUACGAUAUAUCACAAUUGUUUGAUUUCGUUGAUCAGCUCGCAGAUUUAAGUUGUCUAGUGUACCAAAAGUCAACAAACACGUAUGCACCAUAUAAUAAGGAUUGGAUUAAGGAGAAAAUCUAUGUACUUCUCCGCCAAGCGGCCGGCCAAAGUGAUUGAGCAUUGAUGUUUUGGGUGGAUUUUGGGCAUAUAAAUUAAAAUAGGUAAAAGUGUACUUGGAAAUUAUUAGCACCAGGACUAUUGUACAUUUGAAAAUGUGACUACAUUUCGUCAUAUAACAUCUGAUAAUAUUUUUAUUUUACUUCAUUAUUUUCAGUUAAGUUAUGAAUGAAACUAUAAUAUAGUCUGUGGGUAUAAUAAAUAUAGUUAAUUAAAAAACAAAAUACAUCUCCCCUCAGAUGUAUGAUUCAGUAUAUUUUAAAGCCUACUCGGUGUAUGCUCGAGAUUGUUCAAACCAUAUGUAUAUAAUUAAAGCUGGGUUUACACUAUAUCCAUUGUCCAUCGAUUUGUACUUUUGUGAUUCUAAAGAACUCUUUAAGUCUUCAAACUCAUAGGCUGUUUAAGUGAAGUGUAAGAUGUGUUAACAUUUAGAAAAAAAAAAAUCUCAAAAGUUAGACAAAAUAAUACAAAAUUUAGUGUAAACCUGGUGAAUAUAAAACAGAGGAUGAUUUAAAAUGAUUGUUCACAUGUACAAAUUAUUCGUAAACAGACAAAAUUGUAGCAAUAGUUGAUUAAUUUGCCCGGCUGAAUUCAUCAAACCUUCAGCAUGAUAAUCAACUAAAUAAUUUAAAAAUAUAUUUUGUAACAUUCUUCAUUAACAGGAUGUCAAUUAAGAUAUAUUCCGCAUCAUAUACGGCACGAUAAAAAAAAAAGUGAAAAAUGCCAGAUAGUUUGAUAUAUAUAUUAUAUAAAAACUCGGUAUAAAUAACACAACAGUACGGACAACGAAACAAGAUAAAAAAUGUAAACAAUAUAUUGUUAGCUAGCAAGAUUUAUCAGGUUAUAAUUCCUUGUCUGGUGAUUUGAAGAUAUUUUUUUUUCGUUUAAUUAUCACAUACAUAUAAUCAUCUCAGUCAUUUACUUAAUAAUUACCGUCAUUUUACCAGCGUUCCACUUAUAUAUUUAUAUCUGGGUUAGUUACUAACUCUACUCAUCUAUCGUACUGACACGCGUGUGAUUUUGUUUUGGAUUUGUUAAAUUUAGUUUAUAAGAUAUGAUUAAGAAUAAACAAUGAAAAUUUA